UUCUUUCUUUUUUUUUUUUGCCAAAAAGGCUAUUUUAUUUUAUUUUCUAAUUUAAUUAAUUUAUUUUUAUUUUAACGUGAUAUCUGUAUUUUCUUUCAUUUUCUUUAAUAACGAAAAACAAGUUUUAGUUAAACAGCCAACAGUAACAGCAUUGGUAUAAAAAUAGGUCAAUUAACAGUUGUCCAAAAAAGGCUGAAAAAGAAAAAAAAAAUCUGGGAAAAAAUGGGAUAAUUAAUUAUUUCAGUUUUAUUUAUUUAUUUAUUAAUAUUUUAUUUGUUUUGUUUAAUUUUUAAAACUAAAGCUUCAAGCUAUUUUAUUUUGGAUAGUUGCCAGUUUCUGAUUUUAUUUAUUUUUUUAUUUUUAUGUGAUAAUUGUAUUUUCUUUAAUUUCAGUUUAAUUUCAAUUAACGAAAAACAAGUUUUAGUUAAACAGUCAACAUUAACAGCCCCGGUCCAAAAAUAGAUGAUAGUGUUACAUAAUGCAUGCUUGCCUUUCAUUUGAUGGGCAAAGUCCAGUCUUAAUGUUCAUUGCUGUAUAAGAGGUGAGUACAGAAGGAAGUUAACAGCUGCUAAAGUUACCCGUAUGACCAGACAUGGCAGAAGAAAGUCCAGCCAAAAAGCUAAGGAAACGAGUCGAAGGGUUUCUCUGCGACGUGAGCCCCGUGAAAGACGUAUAUUUCGACGCCGUUCUUCAACAUGAAGGUGGAAAAAGCAAAGUCGUGGUCUUCAGACCUGAAGAUCACGUGCGCUUUCACAGAGCGGAAAAGACCAGGAGUCUGGUUACGCUAGAGGACGUGGUUUUACAGCCGUCCACGGAGUCCAGCAGAAAAAUGGACGUCUUCUACACUCACAGCUCCAAAAUGUCCUGCGCUCGCGACCUCCGACAGGCUUUUAACGACAGCUUUUCUGCAGGACCACAAGCUGUGCAGCUCUCUGAACUCCUUGACAUGCACACAAAACCCAGCAGGGUCAACAUCAAUGUGAAAAUUAUCCAGGAGGUGCAGAGGAGAAAAGGUGAAGUAUGGGACGGGCAGAAUCUUUUAAGAACUGAAUAUGCUGUAGCAGAUACCACAAGCUGCACGAGUCUAACGGUCUGGUGUGAGCACAGCAUUACUGUCGGUGAGUGGUACAACAUCACACACAUCUCUGUGAGAGAGAUCAGGGGCAAAACAUCCCUAUCAACGACCAAAGACACACACAUCGUCAGCAUCCCAUCUCAAGAUACAGCGGUUGCUGCUCAAGUGCCGGCAGAAACGAUCAAAUGUGACAUCAUUGGCGCAAACAUUAAAAAUGUCUUAAUUUGUCCUUGUAAACAUAAGAUGAAGAGCAUGGCGCUGUCAAGCCCAACUCUAUAUUGCAUCUCAUGCAACACACAUUAUAAAAGCACUGCCAUCAUAAUGCACUUUAGUGGUCAUCUGGAUCUUAAACGAGAAACUGGAGAUGUUAUGAAAGCAAAGAUUGAAGACGAGGUCAUAAGGUCAGCGGUCACAGUCCAUCCCACGGCAUCACAAAAGGACAUCAUUAAGAGCUUCAUUGCUUUGCCAGCCAUGCAGAUUACAAUGCACAAGGACGUCAUUGUAAAGAUGGAAGAUGUUACUCAGAAGACUGAAAUCACACCUGAAGAUGAGCUUCCUGGUAAAGUGGAACACGGGGAAGAAUCCAAGUUUUAUUCACCCCCGGAUUACGGCAUUCUGUUUAAUUCACAAGUGAGAAAAAGAAAAUCUCCUGACUGACUCUGAUCAUAGAAAAUCAUACUAAUUAACUAUUAAUUUAUUAUUAUUGUUGUAACAAGGACUAUCAGGAUGUUAAUACUUUAACAUUGAAAUAAUAUUGUUUUAUUUAUGAUAUCGAUGCACAUGUAUACACACAUCUAUCUUUAAUUGUUACAUUGUCAUUAUCAUCCAUUAGUUCUAGAAUAAGAUAACAUAAACCUUAGAUGUAUGUUUAUUGGAAAAAUAAAUGGUUUAAAUGUAUUUCCAAAUAAUGUCUAAUUCAAAUAACUAUAAUUAAUGAUUAUGAUUACCCAAAAGUCUGCUACUGAUAUUACAUGCCGUAAAAAUUAAUGUUAAUUUUAAAGCAUGCAAGUUUAUCGGCGGUGAGAAGUUGUAAUGCUAUUUUCUAUUGCAUUAAAAUUUUGAUGAUUUGUAUUAUGUAACAACUUGUAUUUGAGUAAUUAAAGACAUACAGCAGAGGAAAUGAA